ACACAUGUGCUAGCUACCAAAGCCAUCAAAACCAGCAUAUAAAACCACAUUAACCCAAUGUGAAGCCCACAAACAAGUAAUAACAAAAAAACUCUCUCACUCACUCACACGUACAUGUUACCUAGCACUUACCAUGGCCACCAUCACCAAGUCCAAACCUUACAUAGAUAUUGAACCUGACUACGACAGCAGCUCCUCAUCCAUCACCGUACCUGAAUCAACCCGCAGCUGGAUGAGUAACCUCAGCUUCGGAAGCCGCCGCCGUCGAAGCUCCGUCUCCGUUUCUUCCACCACCACAUACACCUCUUCAGUAUUAGGUUCCAACGCUAAGCCUCAUAAGGCAAACCAAGUUGCAUGGGAGGCUAUGAGUCGACUCCGGCUUGACCAAGGUCGAGUCGGACUCGACCAUUUCCGCCUCCUUAAGCGGCUUGGAAGCGGCGAUAUAGGGAAUGUUUAUCUUUGUCAGAUAAGGAACCCUGUAGUUGGUUUGCCUCAGUGUUUCUAUGCUAUGAAAGUUGUUGAUAGAGAAGCACUUGCUAUAAGGAAGAAGCUACAAAGAGCAGAGAUGGAGAAGGAGAUUUUAGGGAUGCUUGAUCAUCCUUUUUUACCUACUUUGUAUACUGAUUUUGAUGCUUCUCAUUACUCUUGUUUGGUUAUGGAGUUUUGUCCUGGUGGUGAUUUGUAUGCUUGUCGCCAACGCCAGCCUGGGAAGCGCUUUUCAUUAUCAUCCUCUAAGUUUUAUGCUGCUGAAACACUAUUGGCACUAGAGUAUCUACACAUGAUGGGAAUAGUAUACAGAGAUUUAAAGCCAGAGAAUGUUUUAGUAAGAGAAGAUGGACACAUAAUGCUUUCAGAUUUUGAUCUUUCACUCAAAUGUGACGUUGUUCCAAAGCUCUUAAGAAGCAAAACAAGAUUAGAACGAAGUAUCAAAACAACUACUACAAUGAGAUGUUCAACACCUUCUUGCAUUUCUCCCAUGCAACCAGUUCUGUCUUGUUUCUUAUCAUCAUCAACAAAGAAAAAGAAAACAAAACUUGAAACUGUUAUUAGAGAAAAUGUUCAAGAAGAGUUUGAGGUUGAUCUUGAUCCUGAUUUUGUAGCUGAACCAAUUGAAGCAAGAUCAAAAUCAUUUGUGGGGACACAUGAAUAUUUAGCACCAGAAGUUAUAUUAGGACAAGGUCAUGGAAGUGCAGUGGAUUGGUGGACAUUUGGUGUUUUUUUGUAUGAAAUGUUAUAUGGAAGAACACCAUUUAAAGGUGAGAACAAUGAGAAAACAUUGGUCAACAUUCUUAAGCAACCUUUGACUUUUCCUAGGAUUGGUGUUAGUAGUAAUUAUGAGUUUGAAGAGAUGGUGAAAGUUCAAGAUCUUAUUAGCAAAUUGUUGGUGAAGAAUCCAAGUAAGAGAAUUGGAAGCUGUUUGGGUUCUGUUGAGAUUAAAAGACAUGAGUUUUUUAAGGGUGUUAAUUGGGCUUUGAUUAGAUCAGUUAGACCCCCUGAGGUUCCUAGUGACAAGAAUAAGACUAGGAAUAGAGUUUUGGUGCCUAAAUUAAGCAAGAAAGAUAGAGAUCAACCAUUUCAGCUUAAACAUCAAUUUGAUUACUUCUAAGUGUAUGUUUGGUUUGUCGGAGUUCGAUAAAAUUAUAUCAUGCCAUUAAUUUUAAAUGGAGCUUCAAUAAAAUUAUGGUAUCACGAUGAUUUUAUGGAAUACACUUAUGUUCUGAUCGUAGAAUGUAAUUACAAUAGUUUAGGGAAAAUAUGUUGUGUUUUCCACAAAAGAAAUUCCGAUUUAUGUCUUAUUUUAUUUUUUGUAUGAUGAGAUAAGAGAGUUAUAAAUUAAUGUAUGAUGACCAAGGUAUACUAUGCAUUGAACUAA